AUGACUGCAUUGUGCUCCUUUCCAGGAGUGUUGGGUGAGGAGGAGCUGCAGGUGAUUCAGCCUGAGAAGUCCGUGUCGGUCGCAGCUGGAGAGACGGCCACUCUGCACUGCAAUGUGACCUCCCUGAUCCCUGUGGGGCCCACCCAGUGGUUCAGAGGAGCUGGACCAGGCCGGGAAUUAAUCUACAAUCAGAAAGAAGGCCACUUUCCCCGGGUAACAACUGUUUCAGACCCCACAAAGAGAAACAACCUGGACUUUUCCAUCAGCAUCAGUAACAUCACCCCAGCAGAUGCCGGCACCUACUACUGUGUGAAGUUCCGGAAAGGGAGCCCCGACGACGUGGAGUUUAAGUCUGGAGCAGGCACUGAGCUGUCUGUGCAUGCCAAACCCUCUGCCCCCGUGGUAUCGGGCCCUGCGGCGAGGGCCACACCUCAGCACACAGUGAGCUUCACCUGCGAGUCCCACGGCUUCUCACCCAGAGACAUCACCCUGAAAUGGUUCAAAAAUGGGAAUCAGCUCUCAGACUUCCAGACCAACGUGGACCCCGUAGGAGAGAACGUGUCCUACAGCAUCCACAGCACAGCCAAGGUGGUGCUGACCCGCGAGGACGUUCACUCUCAAGUCAUCUGCGAGGUGGCCCACGUCACCUUGCAGGGGGACCCUCUUCGUGGGACUGCCAACUUAUCUGAGACCAUCCGAGUUCCACCCACCUUGGAGGUUACUCAACAGCCCCUGAGGGCAGAGAACCAGGUGAAUGUCACCUGCCAGGUGAGGAAGUUCUACCCCCAGAGACUACAGCUGACCUGGUUGGAGAAUGGAAACGUGUCCCGGACAGAAACUGCCUCAACCCUUACAGAGAACAAGGAUGGUACCUACAACUGGAUGAGCUGGCUCCUGGUGAAUGUAUCUGCCCACAGGGAUGAUGUGAAGCUCACCUGCCAGGUGGAGCAUGACAGGCAGCCAGCGGUCAGCAAAAGCCAUGACCUGAAGGUCUCAGCCCACCCGAAGGAGCAGGGCUCAAAUACUGCUCCUGGCCCAGCACUGACUUCUGCUGCUCCACUUCUCAUAGCUUUCCUCCUGGGCCCCAAGGUGCUGCUGGUGGUUGGUGUCUCUGUCAUCUAUGUCUACUGGAAGCAGAAGGCCUGACUGCAUCCCAGAAGGAGACCAGCACCAGGAAUACAACAGCCUCCCAGGAAAUGUUUCUUAAAUGAUGAGCAGAUGAUUAAAUAUGGACAUGUUACCCACAGCUCCUUCCCUCCUCCCCUGCCACAUGGGACCCCCAGGCUCUCCUGCCUACUUCCUUCCUUGAAUGGCGCUGACUGAGAGAAGGGGCUGGUGAGAAGCUUCCCCGGACUGAGCUCCAAACACCUCCCCUCCCAGGACAUCUUCCCGCCCACAGGCUCCUGUUGCUCCUUUGCAGAGUCCUUGAUUCUCCAGAGCAGUCUUCAUUCAUGGUCCUGAGCAGAGGCCAUGGGAUGGGGCUCUGGGGAGUGACUCAUGACACCUCCCUAGGAUGUGGGAAACACGCCAAAUCUAAACACAUCAGGACACCUCUCCUCCAUCGUCUUGGACUCUCCGUAAGCCACAAACUGCAGUCCAGAUUCUCAAGAGUUAUUCUGCCUUCUGGAUUCCUGCCUACCCAAUUACCCAGCCUUGUUGAGAUUCUCUAUUGCCUCCUGAAUACAAAUUAACACUCAUCCUGGUUUUAAGGAGAAAAAUGAUUAUCCUUCCUCUUUGUUUAUACAUAUGAUAUAAUUUGGAUAUUUUUUCCCUACAAAUCUCAAUGUGAAAUUUCAUCCCCUGUGUUGGAGUUGGGGUCAGGUGGGAGAUGUUUGGGUCAUGGGGAUGGAUUCAUCACGAAUGACUUGGUGUUAUCUUGGUCUAUUAGCACCCACAAGAUCUGAUUGUUUAAAAGUGCCUAGCAGCUCCCUCUUCUCUUUUUCUCUUCCUCUCUCCCCAUAUUAUGCCAACUCCACUUCACUGUCCACUGUGAGCAGAAGCACUCUGAGGCCCUCAGCAGCAGAUGCAAGUACCAUGCUUAUUGUACAGUCUGCAGAACCAAAAGCCAAAUAAACCUCUCUUUAUAAAU